UUAUGUGAAGCAGAGUGACCGGACCUUACAGUUGGAGUAUCCGUAUGGACUGAGUAGCCGGGAGCUCGGAGUGACUUUCAGCUGCCACAGCGGGGAGCCUGGGCCUCCGCGACUUCCCUUUUCUUCUUCUCUCUAUGUCAACCUGAAUCAUCAGGAGGGAGCGUUCACAACAGCCUCUGACGGAGACAUACCAUCACACACAGAAACGUACAUCACACACUGGAGAUAUGGGGUCUGUGAGUGAACUCUGCGUGUCCAGCCUGCAGACGUUCUUGUGUCCAGCUGUGAAGCCGCUGCAGCAACCUCCAGGCGGAGACAGCAUGGUGUUAAAAUCGGAAGACGGCGUAGUGCCGGACGACCUCACCCCAGAGGAGAAGCAGGAGCUGGAGAAUAUCCGCCGGCGCAAGCAGGAGCUGAUGGAGGACAUUCAGCGGCUGAAGGAUGAGAUCGCAGAAGUGACAAGUGAGAUCGAGAACCUGGGAUCCACUGAGGAGAGGAAAAACAUGCAGAGAAAUAAACAGGUGGCCAUGGGGCGUAAGAAAUUUAACAUGGACCCCAAAAAGGGGAUCCAGUUCCUGAUUGAGAACGACUUGCUGAAGAAUACCAGCGACGACAUUGCUCAAUUCCUCUACAAGGGCGAGGGCCUCAACAAGACGGCCAUCGGAGAUUAUCUCGGAGAAAGAGAUGACUUCAAUAUCGAAGUCCUUCAUGCCUUUGUGGAGCUUCAUGAGUUCACCGACCUCAACCUGGUUCAGGCCCUAAGACAGUUCCUGUGGAGCUUUCGGCUUCCGGGAGAAGCUCAGAAGAUCGACCGAAUGAUGGAGGCCUUCGCUCAGCGCUACUGCCAGUGUAACCCUGGCGUUUUCCAGUCCACAGACACCUGUUACAUCCUGUCAUUUGCCAUCAUCAUGCUAAACACCAGCCUCCACAACCCGAAUGUGAAGGACAAGCCUACUGUGGAACGAUUCAUCUCCAUGAACAGAGGGAUCAACGAUGGAGGGGACUUACCUGAAGACCUGCUCAGGAAUCUGUACGACAGCAUCAAGAAUGAGCCUUUCAAAAUCCCAGAGGAUGACGGCAACGACCUCACACACACUUUCUUCAACCCAGACAGAGAGGGCUGGCUGCUAAAGCUGGGGGGACGAGUUAAGACCUGGAAGAGGAGGUGGUUCAUCCUCACAGACAACUGUCUUUACUACUUUGAGUACACCACGGACAAAGAGCCCAGAGGAAUCAUCCCGCUGGAGAACCUGAGCAUCAAGGAGGUGGAGGAUAAGAAGCCUAACUGCUUUGAGCUUUUCAUUCCGGACAACAAGGACCAGGUGAUAAAAGCUUGCAAGACCGAGGCUGAUGGACGCGUUGUCGAGGGCAACCACACCUUCUACCGUAUCUCCGCCCCCACUGCUGAGGAAAAAGAGGAAUGGAUGAAUAGCAUCAAAGCUGCCAUCAGCAGGGACCCCUUUUACGAAAUGCUGGCAGCCAGGAAGAAGAAGGUGUCGUCCAUGAAGAGGCACUAGAGCUGCUCAGCACUCCAGAUGUUGCACUUGACAGAGCAGGGGGUCCAGGCCUCCGCUGGCCCUGUCUGGGUCGGUGCAGACGCCGUGGUUGAGGUCUGCCUCGGGCCUCUCCAGGGGAUUUUUCUCUAGGAAACAUACUAGGUCUGGCUUUGGGACUCUACAGGCCAGAAAAACAAGAAGCAUGCUGGGGUUUCUAGAUAAGAGUCAUGGCCAAAGCGUCUUCUUAACCUCCUGUCUCUCUUUCUCUCUCAGCUUUGUGUGCUCUCUGUUCAUGAGGUCGUAAGGAUAUGUUGCUGUGUUACUCAGCAAAUCUUCUUGCUUUAAAAACUAACACAAUUCCCGAUUUAGAUUGUGCUGAUACACAACAUACAAACGCUGUUCCCCAGUAGCACACAUCGAUUUAAACUCAGCAGGUCUGACCAAGUGUGGCACUCCAACCAAAAUAUUCCUCGCUUUCUGAAUGAAAAGCAAAGACCUUUUCUGAUGUGCUUUAAUAUGUUAAUACGUGUCUAUUUUUACAGCUUUAAAUGUCAACUGUUCUUCAGUUGUUUUUGUUUGUUUGCUUUUGUAGGAAAAAAUAAUGUCUUACCAGGGAGGGUGUGGGAGGGAGGGUUUGAUUUGCCAACGGUUUGUUAUUUUAUAGAAAAAAGAAAAGAGAAACCUCUCUGUUUUAAUAACAAAUAAAAAAAAAAGUUGCCACUCAGGAGAUUGUUACGAUGUUCUGAAACUUUCCAUAUCGGCGUUGAAAUGGAUUCUGUUCACAACACGACAGCCACGUGAGGAAUGAAAGCCUCAUCUGUGUCCCAGACUGAACUGUUUUUGUAAAUGUGACGCGGCAGUGUGGGGACGAUCGGCUGCAGAUGAAGGUGUCUUCUAGUCUGGACGGGGUCUCAGUGUGUUUGAUCUGGCUCUCACUGUUCAUUUCCUGAAGCUCCUGUAGAUGCAUUCUGGGGAUUAGUGUAUUUUUAAAGGGAUGAUUGUUCAUCUUUUUGAGGUCUUAAGUUGUCUGGAAAUUAGAACUUUCUUAUUUUCUCUUAUCAUACAUUUUUGUCUUAUUUUCUUUCAAACACAAAACCGCUUUCUAUUACUUAAUUUCACUAUUAGGCAAGUUUACUUUACUGCUAAACAGUGCCCGGCACUCUAGAUGAAAUGUGAUGAGAGAAGCUGCUGGUUAGCGACAGUAAUUCACAGUUUUCUUCUCCCAGUCAAACUACAUUUAAUAAUUGAUUUCCUGCCUUCUACAUUGUUUUUUUCUUUGUAGUCGGUUACCUAUUUAAUGGUAAAACAACUCGUAUGUAAUUUCCAGCUGUCAGCCCGACCUCAUUGAUAGUUGUACUGUAUGCUUCAGGGUGUUCGUGUAUAAGACAUAAUACAUGACAUAUUAUUGUAGAGGCUUUAACGCGGCACAAAUAAAUGUGUUUCUUUUAAGCUCUGCCUGGAUAAGAAUGGGCUGUCCCUUCUCAGGAUCAAAAGUGUGAUGUGAAACAAUACAAAACUACUGGUUGUAUGAGGAACGUACUGUGGUGAACCAAAAGAUGGAGGUCAGGAUGGUUGGUCGGUCACACUGAGGCAGUGACACGUCAUUUUGUCAGAAAGCAAAAAAACUAAAAAAAAAGACUGUGUUGAGACAGCAUUUUUCAAACGCGGCCCUGAGUUGUGCAUCAAGCGGCUGUCUUUUCUACUCGUGUCUACAGCUGUCUCGUCCGUGUGCCUGCUGGUCAUUCUCCUCACUCCCUGCCUCUUCUGUUUCCUGGUUCUCUUCCUCUCUCUGCUCCUCUCAGCGCACUAAUCCUAGAGAAAUAAGGAAAAAAACGCAAAACAAUCAUUAUUCUAGACAGUAUUGGUUUAUUUAUCAAAGUUGUAUAUACUUAAAUGUAUAGUGGGUAUUUUGUCAUCAUUUUGUUUCUUAUUUUCUUUUGGUAUUCUGUUCAAUGAUGUUUGAUUUGAGGUUUGUAUCAUUGCCAUUUAAUCAAGCUGAAAUAAAGACAAAUGUGUCACAA